AUGUCUACGACCCUAACAACAACCACCUCUUCCCCAACCCUCACCCACAUAUCCCAAUCCCCUCCCUCUCCUCCCCAAGGCGACGUCCACGCCACGCUACACUUCUACCACCCACCCCCGGACAACUCCCUUCCUUACAACCUCGCCGACCUCAACCAACGCAACUACGGUUCCUCCCCCCAUCAAGUCCUCAUUCGCGACGCCCGCCCUGUCGCCGAAUCCUUCACCCUCGACCACGACGCCUUCCAAAUCCUCUUCAACCAGCCCCCCGCGUCCUCCGAACCUUCCAACUGGACCGACGACGAGAGUAUUCAAAAGCAUUAUUAUCCCGAAGUCGAGAGUUUGCUAUUGAAGACCGUUCCCGGGGCGAACAAGGUUAUCAUUUUCGACCAUACCAUCCGAAGGAGUGGGCAGGUACCCGAGGGAGUAAGAACGCCCGUACCAAGGGUUCACAUAGACCAAACCGGCCCUGCAACCAUCCAGCGGAUCUACCGCCACGCUUCUUCCACGGAGGAAGCGAAACAACUUCUAAAAGGUCGCUACCGCAUCAUCAACGUCUGGCGUCCCCUCACCCCAUAUCCAGUCGAGUCUUGGCCCCUCGCCUUCGCCUCCUCUCAUUCAGUCUCCGAAGAGGACAUCGUCCCCGUCGAGCAUCGGUAUACCAAGACGGGGUAUAUAGGGCAGACGGCAGCGGUGAGGUAUAAUGCAGGACAGCAGUGGUGGUAUUUGAGUGGGAUGCGGGAUACGGAGCGGGUGUUGUUGGAGUGUUUCGAUAGCUGGGGGGAGAAAGAGGGGAGUGGGGUGAAGGGGGGCAGGUGUGCACAUACGGCAUUUGAGGAUCGUAGGAUGGGAGAGGGGGCGCGGGAGAGAUGGAGUGUGGAGGUUAGGGCCCUGGUUUUUGGGCCAUAG